CCUGGGACAUAAAGGUCUUUCACAAGUGCCUCAAAACCCAAUAAGUCACCGGGGCCAUAAUCACAGGGCAAGAGGCUGGCAAGCAGGCCUCUCCAAAACCAAGUGGCGAGGUCCCUUUCCCCACACAUGGGUACUAUAUAGAUAGAGAGAUGUGUAUGGGCUGGCCUCUUUACCCGCCUUGUUGCAGACACAGAUUCUUGUUAAAAAAUAAAAAUAAAGGAACUCUGCAUUGUUUACUUAAGCCACAUUUGUUUGGUCAUUGAGUAGAGUUUGAGAGAAACAAAAAUGCCUGAGCUUUGCAUUUUUGUUACAAAAUGGAGUCACAUCUGCUAAGUGGUGACUUAUAUUAUACAUUUUUAAUUUCUAUCUUAUCUGUCAGGAUAAAUAUCUGACACAAUCAAUAAGAUACUUCAUAGUCCCAGUUCUGAUUAUUUUUCUUAAAUAUGGUAAGCUUAAAUAACUUACAGCAACAGAUUUUCUUUAACUCCCAGUACAUUUCUUUCAGAUUUUUCCCAGCAGUAAAAGUUAUCAAGAAGGACCUGAAAAGAACAGAAAUACAGUAAGUAAGACUAUGAAGAAAUCAUUCAAUACAAGAACCAAAAAUUCCAACUCUAAAAACUCAAGAAAUCUUUUACAAUCGUCUAUGUCUACAAAUGAAAUAGUACAGAGAAAAUCAAAGCUUUUCCCCUGUACUGAAUGUGAAAAAUGUUUUAACAAUCACUCAAGUCUUGUUGUGCACAUGAGAACUCACACAGGGGAGAAACCGUUCUCAUGUACGGAAUGUGGAAAAUGUUUUUUCUGUAAAUCACAUCUUGUUAGACACAAGAGAACUCACACAGGAGAGAAACCGUUCUCAUGUAUGGAAUGUGGAAAAUGUUUUAUCUAUAAAUAUCAACUUGUUGUGCACGUGAGAACUCACACAGGAGAGAAACUGUUCUCAUGUUCAGAAUGUGAAAAAUAUUUUGUCUCUAACUCCGUUCUUGUUAUCCAUCAGAGAAUUCACACAGGAGAGAAACCAUUCUCAUGUUCUGAAUGUGGGAAAUGUUUUAACAAUCAAUCAAGUCUUCUUAGUCAUCAGAAUAUUCACACAGGAGAGAAACCGUUCUCAUGUUCAGAAUGUGGGAAAUGUUUUAGCAGUCGCUCAACUCUUGUUUUGCACAAGAGAACUCACACAGGAGAGAAACCGUUCUCAUGUACGGAAUGUGGAAAAUGUUUUUUCUGUAAGUCACAUCUUGUUGAGCACAAGAGAAUUCACACAGGAGAGAAACCGUUCUCAUGUACGGAAUGUGGAAAAUGUUUUAUCCGUAAAUCACAUCUCAUAAGACACAACAGAACUCACACAGGAAAGAAACCUUUCUCGUGUUCAGAAUGUGGGAAAUGUUUUGUUACUAAAUCAGAGCUUAACAAACAUCAGAGAACUCACACAGGAGAGAAGCCUUUCUCGUGUUCUGAAUGUGGGAAAUGUUUUAGCAGUAAAUCAAGUCUUGUUGAACACCAGAGAAUUCACACAGGAGAGAAACCUUUCUCGUGUUCAGAAUGUGGGAAAUGUUUUGUUGGUAAAUCAGAUCUUAAAAAACACCAGAGAACUCACACAGGAGAGAAGCCGUUCUCAUGUUCUGACUGUGGGAAAUGUUUUGUUAGUAAAUCAAAGCUUAACAAACAUCAGAGAACUCACACAGGAGAGAAGCCUUUCUCGUGUUCUGAAUGUGGGAAAUGUUUUAGCAGUAAAUCAAGUCUUGUUGAACACCAGAGAACUCACACAGGAGAGAAACCGUUCUCAUGUUCUGACUGUGGGAAAUGUUUUGUUAGUAAAUCAGAGCUUAACAAACAUCAGAGAACUCACACAGGAGAGAAGCCUUUCUCGUGUUCUGAAUGUGGGAAAUGUUUUAGAAGUAAAUCAUGGCUUGUUGAACACCAGAGAACUCACACAGGAGAGAAACCGUUCUCAUGUUCUGAAUGUGGGAAAUGUUUUAGCAGUAAAUUACGUCUUGUUGUACACCAGAGAAUUCACACAGGAGAGAAGCCGUUCUCAUGUUCUGAAUGUGGGAUAUGUUUUAGCACUAAAUCACGUCUUGUUGAACACAAGAGAACUCACACAGGAGAGAAACCGUUCUCAUGUACGGAAUGUGGAAAAUGUUUUAGCCGUAAAUCACAUCUUGUUGAGCACAAGAGAACUCACACAGGAGAGAAACCGUUCUCAUGUUCUGACUGUGGGAAAUGUUUUGUUAGUAAAUCAGAGUUUAACAAACAUCAGAGAACUCACACAGGAGAGAAGCCUUUCUCGUGUUCUGAAUGUGGGAAAUGUUUUAGCAGUAAACCAAGUCUUGUUGAACACCAGAGAAUUCAUACAGGAGAGUAACCAUUCUCAUGUUCAGAAUGUGGGAAAUGUUUUAGCCUGCAUUCGUGUCUUGUUGAUCACCAGAGAACUCACACAGAAGAGAAACCGUUCUCAUGGACGGAAUGUGGAAAAUAUUUUAGCCAUAAUUCACAUCUUGUAAGACACAACAGAACUCACACAGGAGAGAAACCUUUCUAAUGUUCAGAAUGUGGGAAAUGUUUUGGUUUUAAAUCAAAUCUUGUUGCUCACAAGAGAGCUCACACAGGUUUAUUGUCACGUUAACCACCAUUGUGCCCUUAUUGCUUUUAAUAGAUGGAAGAAAUGCAAACAUAAAAAAACACUUUUAAACUAACUUCUCAUUUUUAAAGGGAAUUUGUUUCUUGGAGUGAACAGAACAGAUCCAUUUAGCAGUUUUUUCAUUCACUUUUGUCAGAGUAAAAGAUUUUUCAAGUGAAAAUAAAAAAACAUGUAUUUUUUUCAAUUUUUUAUCAUAUUUUUUUUUAAAUUAAAUUACAUGAGAUUAAAUAAAUAAUGGUAUAUAAAGAAAGCCCAUUUUGUCCUGAAAAAAAACAAUAUAUAAUUUGUAUGGGAACAUUAAAUGAGAGAGAAGAAAAUUACAACUAAACACAAACACCACAAAAGUAUAAAAAGAGGCCUGGUCGCAAAUGUACAACAUUGCAAAAACAGUCCGGUACUUAAGGGGUUAAAUAAAGAAUUGUAAUAAAAAAAAAUUGUCAUAUAAGUAAUAACUAUAAGAAAUAACAAGUCAUGGCUGUAUCUGUUUGUCAAGUUUUAGUCUAAAUAAUAACAAAUCAUGUCAUAAAAUAUUUUAAUAUUUUAGAUGCACCACUUGGGGCAGUAGUAUUCAUUAAAAGGAGAGUUUAGGUGGAUUUAACCUAUUCCCUUGCCCAGAAUGUAGACCAGCAGCUAUCAUUUUCUACAUGGGCUGGGGGCAUUUAUGAGUUAUACUGUAUGUUUGUAUUGUAUUGUAAUUCAAUGUUACUGCAAAAAUUUGUUAUAGUUUGUUACUAUAUUUUUUUUGUAGUAAAUUGAUGUUUAAUAU